AUGGCAGUUGCACACAGAACGGUCGAAGAGGUCUGGUACUUCAUUCAAGGACAGGGGCAGGUCUGGCGCAAAUGUGAAGCUGCCGAGUCUGUGGUCGAAGUAGAGCCGGGCGUCUCCCUCAGUAUCGAAGUUGGGACGCACUUCCAGUUCCGCAACACAGGCGAUGAUGACCUGUGCUUCGUAAUCGUCACCAUGCCGCCCUGGCCCGGCGAACAAGAAGCCGUGCGAGUGGACGACUACUGGAAAUGA